CUUCUUACCCUAAUGAAAGAAGCAAGAACUUGCUGAGAGGGGCAGAGUGGUUUUCUCCAUCUUUGGGUGAGGGUUCCACCCCAGAGGCUUCAGCUCCAAUGAACUUCCUAGAGCUGCAGAGAUCAAGGUGGCUGAAGGAUCCAGCAAGAGUAGAGAAGACAGCACAUUACCUAAGAUGUGAGAAGUCCUCCCGUAGUGAAAUCAACCCUUGUUUCCAAAAUGGACCGGAGUAAGCGGAAUUCCAUCGCGGGAUUUCCACCACGCCUGGAGCGCGCGGAAGACUUCGAUGGUGGCACUGGAGAAGGGACUGCAUCCCAGAUAGGGAGAGUCUGUACCUCUUCAUACAGAGCCCUGAUAAGUGCCUUUUCCAGACUUACUCGUCUCGAUGACUUCACAUGUGAGAAAAUCGGCUCUGGUUUCUUCUCUGAGGUGUUCAAGGUAAGGCACAGAACUUCAGACCAGGUGAUGGCUUUGAAGAUGAACACACUGAACAGCAACAGAGCAAACAUGCUGAAGGAGGUUCAACUUAUGAAUAGACUCUCACAUCCAAACAUCUUAAGGUUUAUGGGUGUCUGUGUGCAUAAAGGACAGCUGCACGCUCUUACUGAGUACAUCAACUGUGGUAACCUGGAACAGCUCUUAGACAGUAACCAGCAUCUGCCCUGGACAGUGAGGGUGAAACUGGCUUAUGACAUUGCCAUGGGGAUCAGUUAUCUUCACUAUAAAGGCAUUUUCCACCGAGACCUUACAUCCAAGAACUGCUUAAUAAAACACGAUGAGAAUGGAUACUCAGCAAUAGUGGGAGACUUUGGUUUAGCAGAGAAAAUUCCUGAUCACAGUGAGAAGUUACCAGUGGUGGGUUCACCCUUCUGGAUGGCACCAGAAGUUCUCAGAGAUGAACCCUACAAUGAAAAGGCAGAUGUGUUCUCCUACGGUAUAAUUCUGUGUGAGAUCAUAGCAAGAAUACAGGCGGAUCCAGACUAUCUCCCUCGCACAGAGAAUUUUGGGUUAGAUUAUGAUUCCUUCCAGCACAUGGUGGGAGAUUGUCCUCCUGACUUCCUGCAGCUGGCCUUCAACUGCUGUAACAUGGAUCCAAAGUUGCGUCCUUCAUUUGCUGAUAUUGUCAAAACACUGGAGGAAAUGUUAAACCGCCUGAGAAAUGAGGACUCGGAGAGAGAGAGAAAGUUCUUGAACCUUGACAACAGUGAGAGAAAACCAAAAGGAUCAAUUGAGAAAGGACCAGGAGUGAAACGUUUGAGUUCCUUGGAUGACAAGAUCCCACCCAAGUCACCCCGUCCACGUCGGAAUAUCUGGCUGUCGCGCAGCCAGUCGGAUAUCUUCUCCCGCAAGCCUUCCAGGAAGAUAAACGUGCAGGACCCCUACUACACACCAAACAAAGGCUUAGGCCGGAAAGUGAAUCCCUUCAGUGCCCGGGAGGACCUCAAAGGGGGGAAGAUCAAAUUCUUUGACAUGCCAAGCAAGUCUGUGAUUUCCCUCGUGUUUGACUUGUACUCUCCAGAGGCAGGCGGGGGGCUGAAAGCCAGCCAGUCCCACUUCCGGCAGGCGUACAGCGCAGACUGGCAGGAAUUUUCCCUGCUUCCUGGGAGGAGAUGCAGAUCGCUCCCACUCUCUCCUGAAUUGCCACACAAGGAAUAUGGCCUGUUUGGAGGACUGUCUUCAACCGUUGGCAGGUGUGACCCAGCCCAGCUUGGCGCGGAGGUUCGGCAAAAACUCCUGAGUAGCAGCAAAUAUGGUGUGUCAGAGAUUCCCCCCUUCCACGCCAAGCCUCACAGACCAGAAUUUCUUCUUGCACCAGGACAAGAAGAGGAUAUGGACUGUUCAGAUGGGCCAGUGGCCCAGGAGGAAAAUGGGUUUUGCCUUGUUGAGAACACGUGUGGAGCUCCAGCACAUAACCAACCAUUAGUGCUGGCCCAGCCUGAGCCUCUGUCUUACAAAAAGCUCCCAGCUGAGAAUUCAGUGAACUCUGAGGGACAUGGUUCCUCGCAAGGGUUUGCAGGUUGUCUCCCUUCUGAAGAGAUGGAGGUGGAAGAUGAUCUACUGAAAAUUACUCUUUUAGAGUCCACAAAGCCUCUGUUCAGUGUUAGUCCUUCCAACGAGCUGAAGAGAGAGGCGUGGCCCUUCAGGGAACAGGAUGGGGACAGUCCUGCCCUGUUGCCUCAGACCUCCUCCAACAUCUCAGCAAGUGGCAGCACAGAGUCAACUUGUGACAUAUGAAGAGAGGGCUCAAACCGAACAUGUCCUUGAGAAAACAGUUGUUCCCAGUUGCUUAAACUCCGUUUUUCUCUAGUGCCGGGCCUCACAUUUGAAAGAGACUCAGCAGAUGGUGGGAGCUGCCUGUCAAACAGAUUGCUGCAGACAGUGUCUGGACAGACUGAUUAUUUUAUAAAACUUUAUUUCAAACUGUG